AUGCGUGUUUCCGCUAUCCUCACGGCUAGCGUCGCCGCUGUCGGCGCGGCCGCUCAGCAAAACUACCUGGGCUUCAACUCGGGCUCCACCAAAGACGACCAUUCGGCCAAAUUCAAGAAGGACUUCGUGGAGGAGUUCAACACCGCCCGUAACCUCGAGGGCGCCCCGGGCACCUUCAGCGCCGUCCGUCUGUACACCAAUAUCCAGGCCUACUCGGAGGACGAGCCCAUCGAGGCCUUCGAGGCCGCCGUGGAGACCCAGACCAACGUCCUCCUCGGCGUCUGGGCCUCGGGCACCGACAACAUCGACAAGGAGAUCACGGCGCUGAAGAAGGCCGUCGACAACCUCGGCACCGACUUUACCGACCUUGUCAUCGGCAUCUCCAUCGGCAGCGAGGACCUGUACCGCAUCUCCGCCACCGGUAUCGAGAACGAAGCCGGCCUCGGCAACUCCCCCCAGGCCCUCGUGGGCUUCAUCGAGGACUUCCGCGACGCCUUCGCCGAGACCUCUCUCGCCGGCGUCCCCGUCGGCCACGUCGACACGUGGGACGUCUGGCCCAACACCACCAACAAGCCCGUCCUUGACGCCGUCGACUGGGUCGGCGUCAACUCGUUCCCCUACUACGAGUCCGGCAAGGGCAACUCCAUCGGCAACGCCCCGGUUCUCUUCGACCGCUCGUACGCCACCGCCCUCGCCGUCGUCGGCGACAAGCCCGUCUGGAUCACCGAGACCGGCUGGCCCGCCUCGGGUCCGGACUGGGACGAGGCCGAGGCCUCGGUCGAGAACGCCAAGUACUACUGGGACGAGGUCGGCUGCCGCCAGCUCUUCGGCAAGACCCCGACCUUCUGGUACAUCCUGCGCGACUCCAACCCGGACAACACCAUGAAGUUCGCCAUCACCAAGGACCUCAACACCCAGCCCCUCUUCAAUUUGACCUGCCCUACCACUUUUGACACGCCCACCAGCGUCCCCAGCGAGUCCCUGCCAUCAAGCACGGGUAGCGCCGGCCCCAAUGAGCCGACCUCCGCCCCUGGCUCGGGUUCGGGCUCGGGUGCGGGCUCCGGCUCCGGCUCCGGCUCCGGCGCCGGCUCUGGGUCUGGUUCUGGUUCUGGCUCGGAUUCGGACUCUGACUCUGACUCUGACUCCGACUCCGGCCCGGAUCGGGAGCCUGUUGUCGGCGGUGACGACGGUGACGCCGCUGAGAACAACGACGACUCGGCCGCCAUCUCUGGCCGUGGCUUCUCUGCCCUCACCUGCGUCGGCCUGGCCCUCCUCGCCGGCGUCUUCACCCUCUUCUAA